CCUGCGCGGGAGAGGAGAGCGAGAGGAGAGAGCGGGUUAACGGAGAAGGCAAAGGGCGGCCCUCCGGCGGCCUCCCCGCGGCGGAUGGCCGCGGAUGGCCCCGGAUGGGGCGGCGGGGGAACCACCGCCGGGAAUCUUACUUCAUGAUGGCGGCGGCUACGAAGCGGGCGGCGGCCGCGGCGAAGAGGAAGAGGGGAUGACGGGUAAGCGGCGUUCUGUGCGCCGCGCGCGGCACGCCGGGACGGCCCGGCCCCGCCCCCCCCCCCCCCCGCGCGCGGCGCCUGACGGGACGGGCGGGCGUGUGGGGGGGUCCCUGCGGCAGCGCUCGUGCCGGCAGGGCGCCCCGCCGGUUCGGUUAAAGUCUCGCCGGGCAGCCCCGCGCGCGGGACCCUCCGUCGUACCGGGAAUAAAGAGCGGGCUUUCUCCUCCGCGGCGAAGUGAGGCAGCUCAUCGAACGUGCGGCGCCCGGUUGCCUGGCGACGUUGGCAAAGCGGGAAGCAUGGCGGCGGCCGUGGGGGCUGCGGGGAAGACGGAGGCCGCCUCGCCGGGCGGAGGGGGCUUGGCAGUCAACUGGUCAGGUCAAGGAUUGCAAAAACUGGGUCCAACCAUACCUUGCGAUGCUGAUACUCACACUCUGAUUCUGGACAAAAACCAGAUAAUUAAACUGGAACACUUGGAGAAGUGCAGGAAUCUGAUGCAGCUUUCUGUAGCCAACAAUCGUUUGGUGCGAAUGAUGGGUGUAGCAAAACUGACUAAGCUCCGGGUGCUUAACUUGCCUCAUAAUAGUAUUGGGUAUGUGGAAGGGCUGAAGGAUUUGGUGCACCUGGAAUGGCUGAACUUAGCAGGAAAUAAUAUUAAGGCCAUUGAACAAAUCAAUUCCUGUCUAUCUCUUCAGCAUCUUGAUUUGUCAGACAAUAACAUAGCUCAAUUAGACGAUCUCUCCAAGCUUACAUCGCUGAAGACUCUGUUGCUACAUGGAAAUAUUAUAACUUUGCUUCGCACUGCCCCUGUUUGCCUACCUCAGAAUUUGACUGUUCUUUCUUUGGCAGAAAAUGAGAUCAGAGACUUAAAUGAGGUUUCUUUCCUGGCCUCUCUUCGUCAAUUGGAACAGCUGUCAAUUAUGAAUAAUCCUUGUGUGAUGGCCACGCCUUCUAUCCCUGGCUUUGACUACAGGCCAUAUAUUGUCAGCUGGUGUCUGAACCUUAAAGUUCUUGACGGAUAUGUGAUUUCUCAGAAGGAAAGUUUGAAAGCAGAAUGGCUCUACAGUCAAGGUAAAGGAAGAUUAUACCGACCUGGACAGCAUGUUCAGUUAGUGCAGUACUUGGCUACUGUUUGUCCUCUUAUAUCUACAUAUGGACUCCAGACUGAAGAGGAUGCCAAACUGGAAAAAAUACUAAGUAAGCAAAGGCUCCACCAGAGGCAGUUGAUGCAUCAAAACCAAAAUGAAGGGCCACCUACAUCCUCUACUCCCAACAAAACACUGCCAGUUACUUAUGAACACAGCAGUCCAGCCCAGCCACCCCAGAGUGUUCUUGAAAGUGAACCUAUCAUCCAGAAGAAUUCUUGGGUUGGACCAAGUGCAAAUGAUGAUCAUUCCUAUGCAGUAAAGAACACUUUUCUUGAAAGAAGUUUUUGCAAGGAGCUAUAUCUUGAAGAUAUACAGACAGAUGAAGACAAACUAAAUAGCAGCCUUUUAUCCUCAGAGUCUACUUUCAUGCCAGUUGCUUCAGGAUUGUCUCCAGUGUCUCCUACUUUGGACCUGAAACUACAUGGAAUGAAUUUGGGCCUGGAAGAUGGUAACAAUACAGGGAUUGAAUGUGUGAAAGAUGUUAAUAGAGGAGAAACGGCUAACAAGCAAGAAGCUUCAUGUGCUACAAGAGAGCACUUGAACAGAGCAGGAGGAAGUGUGGAAACUCAAGAGAAUAUCAAAGAGAAUAUGCCGUUGCUGCCUUCUGACCCAGUAACAGCUAGCCUGACUACUAAUACUAGCAACUGUUCAGCAUCCUCUGAAACCAGCACCUCAGUAGGCGCUGAAUCGGGAGUUACAACUCUCUGUCCUGAUGAGAUGGCAGGAGAAAGUUCUGAUUCAUUAGCUGUUGUCGAUCAAGGCACAGCUGAACUGCAAAGAAUGACUAAAGCAGCUACCAAGCUUCAAGCCUGCUGGAGAGGAUUUUACACAAGGAACUAUCAUCCCCGAGCCAAGGAAGUGCGGUAUGAAAUUCGACUGAACAGAAUGCAGGAGCAUAUCAUUUGCUUAACUGAUGAAAUAGAAAAACUAAGAAAAGAAAGAGAGGAAGAUAAGAUUCAGAGGCUUGUACAGGAGGAAGCUGUCAGAUUUCUUUGGAACCAGGUCAAAUCCCUUCAACAAUGGCAGCUGUCAGUGACACAAAAUUUAGGUGCCACUUGGCAACCUGUGAUCCCUUCAGCCAGUACUUUCUGUCCACCUGAACCAUCUAUUCCAUCAUCCAGACUUGAGCAAGAAGCCCCACCAGAUCAUGAUUCUGCUUGGUUAGUUCCAGCUAGUGAUGCUCUUCAGGAAAAGUCUUUGUUGCAGUUCCCAGAUUCUGGUUUUCAUUCUUCCAUGGGGGAUCAUGCUCAUGCUGGUGACCUGUGUAGCUCUGAAAAGAGUUUAAUGGAAGGAACCGAGAGCUCUCUUUCAGUGGAAACUGUAAAACAAUGUGGCAAUUCUGUUUCAGCAUAUUCUUCAGAUGCGGAGGAUGACCAUGGAGAAUGUAGGCAAAGUAAAGAGAGCUCUAGUAAUGAGCAGGACAACAGGCUAAUACAAGAGUAUCUGAAAUCUGUUCAGCAGCUGGAAGAGGCUGAUGAAGGGACAAAUUGCAAUGAGGAAGCAGAGGGUAGCUGGCCACAAAUCACUGUUUCAGCAGAAAGCCAAGAUUCUUUGUCUGACACUGUCUCUCUAGGUCUCCCUCAAGAUACAUCUUCCCCUGCCCAAGGUGAAAUCAGUCAGACACCAGAAAGCUGCAAACUGAAUUCAGGAAUAGUAGAAGGGAAGCAAACAGACUGUGAUUCUUCAUUUCAGAUGCUGCAUGUUGGGAUAGCUGUAUAGUAGGCUCAGUUCCACAAGGGACCAGGGAUUCUAUUUCACUUGCAGUUCUCUUUCUCCUUCCCAUUUAUACAAAACUUAUUUUUCAUGUGUGCUGUUUCAGAGUUUGUCUCAUGUUACCAAUGAUGUUGCUGAGGACCGACACUAACUAUGCUAACCUGAAAUGAGCAAAGUUCUCAGUGACAGUCAUUAUGCACUUUAUUUUCAAACAUAAAACUGAUAUCCUAAUAACUGGCUUCCAUUAAAUUAAUUCUGAAGAUUGGGGGUGUUGGGGGCGGUAGGGUGUUUGCUGUAAAUUCACUUUGGUGAACGCGUUACGUUUUGAAUCUUUUUCUAAAAAGCAGGACUGAGUUCUUACUUUGCAAAAGAGGAGGAAAUUGAGUCAAAGGCAGCGUGUGCAUGUAUGGAUAGAGCCUGAUGAGGAAGCUGAAAGCAGUUGCCUUUCAGACUUCUUUUGACUUUAAGAGUAGUAGUUUGGUCAGCAUUUCAAAGAUGCAUGCCAUGAAACCAGUGUCCAAGUCAGUGACUUCUUUUUGUCAUUUACAUGAAGCUGCUGGCUUGGAAUUAGGUCAUUUACAUACGCACUGAAACAAGGACUUACAGGAGUCAGACCUUAGGGAUCUUCAAACUAACUUUGACCUUUGUUUGCCCUGGGGUUGAGUUUCUCUGCUUUCUCAGGUAAGACUCAAAGUGGAACCAGUAGCAGCCUUUACUAAAUAACAAUUUCAAAAGGGCACGUGAUUUGGGAAUACAGUUUCCAAGACAGCACUGCUGGGUUACACCAGCAGACUUGGUGACACGUGGUUUGCCUUCACAAUGAUGCUAAUGUCAUUUUGGUAUUUGGAUCUGCAUGGCUUUCAAGGUGUUAGUGUGUUUGAUGGAUCACACUGCUUCUAUCUACAGGUAGGAAUAUUAAAAGCAAAUGUCAUGACUUAAAACUAUUUCUUGAUAUCUCUACUGGGUUUUUUGUUUGUUUGGUGUUUUAUUUUUUCUCUGUAUGUCCAGUAUUUGGCAUUCUAAUUAGAUGUGGAUAAAAAGAUGUAUUUCGUCCCUGUUGGCAAGUAUGCUAAAUUACUUAGGCUAUGCUUUCCACUAAAACACUGGAGAAGCAAUAGGGUUUGUAUUUUGCGUAGCCAUUGCUAUGUUGUGUUUUUUAAUGGAAAAAGAUCAGGUAUCUUAGUAUACCGCAAAAGUGGCAAGGGAAAUCUGUUUUGCCAUGUGAUUAGUAAAAGUAAAGCUGAUGUUGUGACUUCUGUCAGUUAAGUUUGCUAAUGCUGUGUUUUGCAGUGUGCACUGGAAGGCCAGUGUUUCAAUAGUUUGCUAAUAUUAACGUCUCAGAUAUAAAGACACAUUCAUAUUGUAAUUCUCUGAAUCCACAGGUUAACUUCUGGUGCUAUGGUGUCAUUAAAAUCAGCUAGUGCUGUUUUAAAGUGACUCUUACGACCACAUUGCCAUGUAAAAUAAUUUAGUCUUUCUAAAAGCUUUGAUUUUUUGUCUACUUUAGGUUCUGAGCUGAAAUUUACCACUACUCAGGAGCUUGGAAUAAGGCUUCUAUCUGCUUGAGGCCUCAAAAUAGUCUUUAUUUAGAACAUAAAUGUUGUAUUGGACUUGUAACCACCCACCUGCCCAGUGGUGAAAUUCACCCUGGAAGAAUAACUCUUGCCUCUGUGUAUAGAGUAGCCAUCAUAUUCCACCCUUCCCCCAACCCCCCCAAAAAAAAACCCCAACCAACCAAAAGUUCUAGGUCACUAACUUCUCAAAAGAGCUAUCACUACAGUCACGAGGUCAAGAUCUGUGACUUGACUUUGACUGUGCCUUGCAUACCUGAGAGCAUUUAAAAAACAAAACAGAAAAAAAACCAGGAACUGAGGUGGUAGAUUCUUAAUGUGCUAGCUUUCUAACUCGGUCUAGUUACAGCAUGUUUGUAGCAUAACAUUUAGAUUUUACAGCAUGAGUGUGCUUGGGUGUUGAAAGUGGUACAGGUGCAUUAAUGUAUCACAACACCUAAUUAACUGUGCAAAGAAGUGUGUAGGAUACAUGAUCACACCUUUGUCCCCUGAAGGUUCUCAACUUGCGUUUAAAUCUGCCAUGCUUGGAGAUUUCCAGUUCAUAGGAUUUGGCUCUUUGACUGUCAAUCUGUUAUUAAAAAAAAAAUGUUGUGUAAACCUUUAAAGAGACUUUGUUUCACAGACAGAAAUAAUUUCUCUCUCAAAACCCCAAAAUUAUUGGACCUUACACUCUGGAGGCAGUGGUUAGGUGUAAUAAAACAAUAAGUUCUCUUUUGUGGCAGAGUGCUGCGUUAGCAUAUGUAAGACCCAGGAGAAAACAGACCACUGUCUG